GAUUUGAAACAAAACUCACAAGGUUCUCUACCACAAAAAAACUGUAAUAACACUGAGUGCAGAGCCAAGGUAUCUUGUGGUCUGUAAUCCUUCAGAACAAGACCGAAUCUCAGUGGUCUCAGUCUAUGUGAGUUCCCCCACAGCACAAGUGUCUUCUGCUUCCGGAAAGCCUGUGGAAAUUCAGAUGAGUGCAGUUUGGAAUACAGCAACUACUAUUUCACAGACAGCCUAUGAGAUCUCCUUCCUAGUGCAGAUGCCACCACUCGGACUGAAAGUGUAUAGAAUUUUGGAAUCAGCAAGUUCAGACCCACAUUUAGCUGAGUAUGUGCUGCAUAAUGGUAACGUAAAAGAUAAAGGAAUUUUCAACAUGAAGAAUGUAAAAAGUACUGAAGAAGAUAUAACUCUAGAGAACUCCUUUGUUAAACUUCGGUUUGAUCAGUCUGGGCUUUUGGAGGAAAUGAUAAAUAAAGAAGACAGUAAACAUCAUGAAGUAAAAGUGCAAUUUUCAUGGUAUGGAACCACCAGUAAAAAGGACAAAAGUGGUGCCUACCUCUUCUUACCUGAUGGGGAAGCCAAGCCUUAUGUUUACACAACACUGCCCUUUGUCAGAGUGCAACGUGGAAGGUUUUACUCAGACGUGACUUGCUUUUUGGAACAUGUUACCCAUAGGGUCCGACUGUACAACAUCCAAGGAAUAGACGGACAGUCUGUGGAAGUGUCCAAUAUCGUGGACAUCCGAAAAGAACAUAACCGUGAGAUUGCAAUGAGAAUUUCUUCUAGCAUAAACAGUCAAAACAAAUUUUAUACUGACCUGAAUGGAUAUCAGAUUCAGCCCAGAAUGACGAUGAGCAAAUUGCCUCUUCAAGCAAAUGUCUAUCCGAUGACCACAAUGGCCUAUAUACAGGACACCAAGCAUCGCUUGACAUUACUCUCAGCUCAGUGUUUAGGGGUUUCAAGUUUGAAAAGUGGUCAGAUUGAAGUUAUCAUGGAUCGAAGACUCAUGCAAGAUGAUAAUCGCGGCCUUGAGCAAGGUGUCCAUGAUAACAAGGUUACAGCUAAUUUAUUUCGACUACUACUGGAAAAAAGAAGUGUGAAUACGGAAGAAGAAAAGAAGUCAGUCAGUUAUCCUUCUCUCGUUAGCCACAUAACUUCCUCUCUCCUGAAUCAUCCUGUCUUUACAAUGACAGAAAAGAUCCCCGUGCCCACCCUUCAGCUGCUAGGUGAAUUCUCUCCGUUACUGUCAUCUUUGCCUUGUGACAUUCAUCUCGUUAAUCUGAGGACAAUACAGUCAAAGGUAUAUCCCAAAAUGUAUCUAUAAAGAAUUACUUUUUUG